AUGAUAAUAACUUACCUAGCAAAUAGAUGUUCUCUUUCAAAAAAUAUUUCCCCCCCGUUCCCGUCGCCCUCGCUCGCUCCUCUUCCUUCCCCUCUCCUUUGCGCGCUCCCCCGUACCUUCCCGUCGCCAUCGCUCUCUUCUCUCCCGCCCCAUGUCCUUCGUUCUCUUCCCUCCCUUCCCGUCGACAUCGCUCUCUCCUCUCCCGCCCCAUGUCCUUCGUUCUCUUCCCUCCCUUCCCGUCGCCAUCGCUCUCUUCUCUCCCGCCCCAUGUCCUUCGUUCUCUUCCCUCCCUUCCGUCGCCAUCGCUCUCUUCUCUCCCGCCCCUUGUCCUUCGUUCUCUUCCCUCCCUUCCCGUCGCAAUCGCUCUCUCCUCUCCCGCCCCAUGUCCUUCGUUCUCUUCCCUCCCUUCCCGUCGCCAUCGCUCUCUUCUCUCCCGCCCCUUGUCCUUCGUUCUCUUCCCUCCCUUCCCGUCGCAAUCGCUCUCUCCUCUCCCGCCCCAUGUCCUUCGUUCUCUUCCCUCCCUUCCCGUCGCAAUCGCUCUCUCCUCUCCCGCCCCAUGUCCUUCGUUCUCUUCCCUCCCUUCCGUCGCGAUCGCUCUCUCCUCUCCCGCCCCAUGUCCUUUGUUCUCUUCCCUCCCUUCCCGUCGCCAUCGCUCUCUCCUCUCCCGCCCCAUUUCCUUCGCGCUCUCCCCUCCCUUCCCGUUGCUGUCGCUCUCUCGUCCCCCACCCAAUCUCCCCUCCCAUCGGCCAAUCCGUCACACUCGCGCUCGCUCUGACCCGCCCUCCCCGCGCCGUUCGUAUAUCCCCUCGAAUCACCCACCUCGCCGUCCUUGCGUUCGCCCCGAAAUGCCUGCCCGUCGCCUUUCGUAAUUCUCUUCCCAUCGUCGCUCUCGCGCUCUCCUCGAACUGCCCUCCCGUCGCACUUCUCUCCCCUCCGAUCACCCAUCUCAUCGCCCUCGCGCUAUUCCUCACGUCUCCCUCCCAUCACCCUACCAUUCCGUGA